AUGGUUACCGUAACGACUUCCCUUCAGUGGUUUUCAUUCCUUUCCCUAGCCAUCUUGCAGAAACCCUUUCUUUCAGUGGUGAAGGAUGUGCUCGUGUACGUGUGCAUGAGCGGCGCGCUGCUAUUCCUCGUGACGAUUGUGCUGGCCUACGGGCUUGCAGAUAAAGAGAUGCAGCAGCACCUGUCAAAGGCGGCGCAGGUGGCGGUAUCACGUGGUGUCGCCACAAAGGGUAACGAAGUGCUCGUGCCAUUUUCGUACGAGGCGUUUGUGAGCGCCUCCGUGACCAUGAGCGUUGUGUCAGCGCUCGCUGUUCUGCUGUGCUGCAGCUUUGUGCUUGAAAUGGCCUGGUGUGGUGUGGUGACCUGCGUGGCGCCUAUGGUGGCGCUGACGGUGAACACAGUGAAGCCCAAAUGCUGGGACAUCGCAGAGGAUUAUCGUGGGAAGGCGCCACCCCCAGUAAACGCGACAGCGUAG